AUGGGGACACGCGCCCCUCAGAGCCUCCUCUUUCUCCUACUCUUCCUCCCCACGCUGCCGCUAUGGGGGGCCUCCGCGGGGAGCCUGCAUAGCCCAGGCCUAUCCGAGUGCUUCCAGGUGAAUGGCGCCGACUACCGUGGCCACCAGAACCGCACGGGCCCGCGCGGGGCAGGCCGCCCUUGCCUCUUCUGGAACCAAACGCAGCAGCACAGCUACAGCAGCGCCAGAGACCCCCAAGGUCGCUGGGGGCUGGGAGCACACAACUUCUGUCGGAAUCCAGAUGGUGAUGUGCAGCCAUGGUGCUACGUUGCCGAGACGGAGGAGGGCAUCUAUUGGCGCUACUGUGACAUUCCCACAUGUCACAUGCCCGGGUAUCUGGGCUGCUUCGUGGACUCAGGGGCACCCCCUGCCCUCAGCGGCCCCAGUGGCACCUCAACGAAACUCACGGUCCAGGUGUGCCUUCGCUUCUGCCGCAUGAAGGGCUACCAGCUGUGUGGCGGCGAUGGGCGCCUGGGCAUCUACGAAGUGUCAGUGGGCUCCUGUCAGGGGAACUGGACUGCACCUCAGGGCGUCAUCUACUCCCCGGACUUCCCGGACGAGUACGGGCCAGACCAGAAUUGCAGCUGGGCACUUGGUCCUCCGGGCGCCGCGCUGGAGCUCACCUUCCGCCUCUUCGAGCUAGCUGACCCGCGCGACCGGUUGGAGCUGCGCGACGCGGCCUCGGGCAGCCUGCUCCGCACCUUCGACGGCGCCCGCCCGCCCCCACCCGGGACUCUUCGCUUGAGCACCGCUGCGCUGUUGCUCACCUUCCGCAGCGAUGCGCGUGGCCACGCACAGGGUUUCGCGCUCACCUACCGCGGUGUGCAAGACAAGGCCGAAAACCUGCUGCUUCCCAAGGGCUCUGCCCAGACCCCUGCAGCGCUCCCGGACGGGACCAAUGUGAGCUGCAGCCCCCGGCCUGGGGCUCCGGAGGCCUCGAUGGGGGCCCGAGUCUUCUCGACAGUGAUGGCCGUCUCAGUGUUGCUGCUGCUGCUGCUGCUGCUGCUGUCACUCCUGCGCCAACGGAGUUGUCUGCUGGCUCCAGGAAAAGGGCCCUCAGCGUUGAGGCUUUCCCAGGGCUCCGGGAGAAGCUGGGCUGUGUGGUACCACCGUCCUGGAAGGGUGGCACUGCCCCGCCCCCCUGGGGACCUCCCGGUGGAGGGUCUAGCCUCAAGUUACCGCCCGCUGAGUGCCUCCAGCCAAAGUUCCUUGCGUUCACUCAUCUCCGCUCUCUGA